GCCUGCGAGGCAGCACUCAGGGCACACACUCUUAGUUCCGCACCGUUAGACAACAGCACCGCGUUUCUUUUUCCACGCCGGGUUAAGGUGAAGCAACGUACCCCGUCAACAAUGGCUUCUGGAGAACCCAAAGCAAAGAAACAAAAGGUUUCAGAAGAGAAGGAGAAGGAGAAGGAGAAAGAUGAGUCUCCAGCCAAGAAGACUCCCGACAAACUGAGCCCUAAUUCACUCUUUGGCAUGGGAAACCCCUUACUGGACAUUUCUGCUGUAGUGGACAAAGACUUCUUGGAUAAAUACUCUCUGAAACCAAACGACCAGAUCCUGGCAGAAGACAAACACAAAGCACUAUUCGAGGAGAUAGUGAAGAAGUUUAAAGUCGAGUACCAUGCAGGAGGCGCCACACAGAACUCUAUAAAGGUUGCACAGUGGAUGAUCCAAGAGCCCCAUAACGUGGGCACGUUCUUUGGCUGCAUUGGCAAAGACAAGUUUGGAGAAAUCCUGAAAGAGAAGGCUGAGGAGGGCCACAUCGACGCCCACUACUACGAGCAGGAUGAGGAGCCCACAGGGACAUGUGCUGCAUGCAUCACCGGAGAUAACAGGUCUUUGGUAGCAAACCUCGCUGCCGCUAACUGUUAUAAGAAGGAAAAGCAUCUAGACCUGGAAGAAAACUGGGAGCUGGUGGAAAAAGCUAAAGUCUACUAUAUUGCUGGUUUCUUCUUGACCGUCUCUGUGGAGUCCAUCCUGAAGGUGGCAAAGCACGCGUCUGAAAAUAACAAGCUGUUCUGCCUGAACCUGUCGGCGCCCUUUAUCAGCCAGUUCUUCAAGGAUAACCUCAUGCAGGUUAUGCCCUACGUGGACGUGCUUUUCGGCAACGAGACAGAGGCAGCUACAUUUGCCAAAGAGCAAGACUUCGAGACUGAGGACAUAGAGGAAAUUGCAAAGAAAGCUCAGGCUUUGCCCAAAGUCAACACAAAGAGACAGCGGGUUGUUGUGUUGACCCAGGGGAAGCAUGAAACCGUUAUGGCCAAAAGCGACAAAAUUGAGACAUUCCCUGUACUGAAAAUCGCCCCCAAAGACAUAGUGGACACAAACGGUGCAGGGGAUGCCUUUGUAGGAGGUUUCCUGUCUGAGCUGGUCCAGGACAAACCACUGGAUCAGUGUGUGAAGGCGGCGCACUACUCCGCUAACGUCAUCAUUAGAAGAGCUGGAUGCACCUUCCCAGAAAAACCUGACUUCAAAUGAGAAUCCCCCCCGGACAACCUUACCUUUGGCUUGAAACCUCUUUUAUUUCAAAGCUCCCCUUUUUUUUUUUCAGCCAACCGUCCAAGUCCAAAUCAUUAUUUUUGUAUUUUAUUCAUUCACCUUUUGUUUGACCCCUGAUGUGUCUGCAUGUCUCUAUGAGCUCCACUAGGGGCCACUAGAGGAUCAUGCAGAGCCACAGGCCUUUUUUGGCUCCGACACUGCCAGUCCAGUACAAUGACACGGUCACACAAUCAUACUGACACCCUACUGUAAGAGUCUGUCAUUUCCUUAACAGCUCACUCUACAUAACAAGGACUCUACAUAUGAGGAGUAAAAAAAGAGAAAAACACUCUCUAAGAAUGUCUUUGAUGCUGCAUUAAAAUGUGCAGUUGUGAUUUCUUUUCUUUUUGUAAUUAUAAUUGACUUUAGACUGUUUUGAUUUUAACUGGCCAGUUAUGAAACCAAAUGUUUCUCGUUUAUGCACACACUGAAAUAUGUCAAAGUCUCCGCCCACUACGUCCUACGAUCACUGUUAACCGUCAGCUGUGUCAAAGACAUGUAGAAGUCACCUUCCAACUCACCAUGGUUUGCUUUAUCCUUAUGCAGCUUUUGGGGAAGGGGCUUCUAGGAAUGAGUGCCUUUUCCAUUUUUUUCUCUCUGUGUUUCAAAGUUGUAAGGGGCUUACAGAUGUCUUCUGAACCCACUUUUGAUUAUUCAGGGAAACUUACACAUUAGACCAGUAUGAGUCUUGAGGCUUGUGGAGAAAAAUAGACGCACAACAUUUCUGAAUGCAUGUAAGGCGACUGGUAUCGUUUGGAAACUAUCUUUAUAUUUGAGUGUUCUUUGGUCGAGUCAUACUGUAGGCUUUUAAACUGACCUUUCUGGGUUUUUUUUAGAUGAUUUUGAUUUAACCAAACUCGACCACCGUCCCCCCCCUUCAAAAUUAAUUGAGAAUGAGUAAUAUUUUUCUCUCAUUUCAGUGACAUUUUAUAACAGUAUGAGCUGAAUUUAGGUUCAGGACAUUUACCAAACAUUUAAAAUCAUUAGAAUACCUGAUUUAGUGUUAUUCUGUGAUCGACAGUAUUUAACAUUUGAAAACAGAUCAAACGUACACCUCUAAAUGUUUCAUUGUCUGCAUGAAGUCUGCAUUUUUGUGAAAACUAGCAGAGCUGUUCAGGCAUUACAGUAACGAUGUAUGUCCCUGUGUUGACUGUGUGUUAAGAAACACCAAAAAGCCUUAUGUUUAUCAAAGGUCUGAAUGGGUCUCAAGUUUCCCAUUUCUGUGCUUUACUGCAGUGUGCACUCAGAAAUAAAGCAUUCAAGGUGAAUCCUA